AUGAGUGACGUCGAGAAGCAUUCUACCUCUCGAGACUCGCAGCUCGAGGACGGCAGCCAUGUCGACGCCAUACAAGGGAUACCAGCUGAUCCAGACGCGCAUCUAAGCGAGGAGGAGAUAAAGAAAGUUGAUCGCAAGCUGCUUCGGAGACUGGAUUUCAUGCUGAUUCCUUGGCUCUGCAUCCUGUACCUCCUCGCCUUCCUGGACCGCACCAACAUCGGAAAUGCAAAGGUCGCCGGCUUGGCCGACGAUUUGCACCUGAAGCUUCCCGGACAAUACAAUGCGACUCUCACCAUAUUCUUCGUCUCGUACUCGGUAUUCGAGCCAUUGACCAAUGUCCUCCUGAAGAAGCUGCGGCCUUCCGUUUUUAUCCCGAUCAUCAUGAUUCUUUGGGGCUGCUCUAUGACCGGCAUGGGCUUCACUUACAACUACUCUGGGCUUCUGGCUGCCCGUUGGUUUCUUGGCCUGGCAGAGGCUGGUCUCUUCCCGGGAAUCAACUAUUACCUUUCAUGCUGGUACAAGCGAUCCGAAUUGGGUGUUCGAGCUGCAAUCUUCUUCUCGGCAGCUGCCUUGGCUGGCUCUUUCGGUGGCCUUCUCGCAGCUGCGAUUGAACAGAUGGAUGGUAUUGGUGGUCUCCGAGGCUGGCAGUGGAUCUUUGUCCUGGAGGGAUUGCUGACUGUUGUCUUCGGCUUCGCGUCUUUCUGGAUGGUUCAUGAUUUCCCUGAUGACGCUCGUUUCUUAACUGACGAUGAUCGUGCUCGAGUCGUUCGUCGACUGAAGCUGGACCAGCAGUCUUCGGCCGAGCAUGAGGAAUGGAAGACCAGCUACCUUAUUGCUGGCCUUAAGGACUGGAAGAUGUGGCUGGGAAUGGUCAUAUACAUGGGCUGCGACAUGCCGCUUUACGCCUUCUCACUAUUCCUACCUACCAUCCUUCAAACCUCUGGUUGGAGCAACACGACUAUCCGAACCCAACUGCUGAGCGUGCCUCCCUACGCCGCAGCUGCUGUACUUACCGUCGUCAUCGGAUUUGUGGCCGAUCGAACACAACAGCGCGGGUUAUGCAAUAUCUGCGUCAGUUUGGUUGGCGUUGUUGGCUUCGCCAUGUUGAUCGCCUCCACCGAUCCAGCGAUCCAGUAUGCGGGUGUCUUCCUCGGUGCGGCUGGCAUCUACCCAUGUAUUUCGAACACAAUCAGUUGGAUGGCGAACAACACCGAAGGUGUAUACAAGCGCGGAGUUGUUCUUGGCUUCGUCAUCGGCUGGGGCAACUUGAACGGCAUCGUCAGCUCCAACAUUUACUUCCACUCACCUCGGUUCAUCGAAGGCCACGCGGUGGUCCUCGCCUACAUGACAAUCUUCCUCUUCGGCGGCAGCCUGCUAAUGACAACAUUGCUCCGCAUCGAAAACAAGAAAAGGAAAGAAGGCAAGCGCGAUCAUCGUGUCGAAGGGAAGACUUCAGCGGAAACCGACAAGCUGGGCGACGCCAGGCCGGAUUUCUUCUACACUGUUUAG